UUUCAGCAGGAAAAAAAAAGAGAAAAAGGAUAAAGUUUGGGGAGUUUAGUGACGGCAGGAAAAGUUGCAGAAUUGUGUGUUUUGUGCUCGUUCAACAUGCACAAAGCUGUUUCCCGUUUAAGUUUUCGUUGGGCAUUUUUAACAGGACAAAAAUGCACUUAUCCAAGUUUGGCAAAGCUCCAUUUAAGUGGUGCAUCGUGCCAGAAAGAGGUCAACAAAUACACCAUCCCGGACGGACCAGAGAUGCCCUCGUGCAGUUUUAGCCCAGAGGAAUACAAGGGCAUGUCAACAAAGCGAAUGUUGGAGAUCCGCAGACAGAACUGCAACCCCAUGACCCUAAAAGUUACUUAUUAUAAGAAGCCAGUGUUCCUCCACCAGGGCUACAUGCAGUGGCUGUGGGAUGUGGACGGGAGGCGAUAUCUGGACCUGUUUGCUGGUGUUGCAACUGUCAGCGUGGGCCACUGCCACCCAAAAGUUGUAGCCGCUGCCGAGCAGCAGCUGAAGAAGCUUUGGCAUACCACGAAUAUCUACGUCUAUCCAACUCUUCACGAGUAUUGUGAGAAACUCGCCUCCUACUUGCCAGAUCCCCUAAAGGUGAUCUAUCUGACCAACAGUGGCUCUGAAGCAAAUGACCUAGCAAUGCUGAUGGCCCGCCUCCACACAGGCAAUUAUGAUAUAAUCACUUUCAGGGGUUCAUAUCACGGUGGAGGCCCACAGACUUUGGGUCUCACCUCCAACGCUGCAUAUAAAUAUCCUGUUGCCAGCGGUUUAGGCUGCACAAAUACGAUGUGUCCUGAUGUGUUCAGAGGUCCGUGGGGAGGAAGUCACUGCAGGGACUCUCCGGUUCAGACGACCAGAGAUUGUAACUGCGCUCAAGGUCAUUGCAUGGCAAAUGAGCAUUAUAUCGAACAGCUCAAAGAGACUUUGGCUACUAGUGUCCCAACUAGAAUUGCUGGUUUCUUUGCAGAGCCUAUUCAGGGAGUUGGAGGAGCCGUGCAAUACCCCAAGGACUUUCUCAAAGAAGCUUACAAACUUGUAAGGGAAAGAGGAGGGAUCUGCAUUGCUGAUGAGGUCCAAACAGGAUUUGGGCGAACAGGAAGUCACUUCUGGGGUUUUCAGGGCCAUGAUGUUAUUCCCGAUAUGGUGACGAUGGCAAAAGGGAUCGGUAAUGGAUUCCCCAUGGGAGCUGUUGUGACAACACCAGAAAUUGCAGCCUCAUUUGCCAGUGGAGUACAUUUCAACACCUUCGGAGGGAAUCCUGUGGCUUGUGCUGUGGCUUCAUCUGUUCUUGAUACCAUUCAAGAAGACAAAGCACAGAAGGUCAGUCUGGAUGUGGGAACAUACCUGUUGAAGGAACUGGCAAAGCUGAGAGACAAGUACGAGAUCGUUGGAGAUGUUCGAGGAAAAGGCCUGAUGAUCGGGGUGGAAAUGGUCACAGACAAGACCAGCAGGAAGCCUCUGCCGUCAGCGGAGAUGGCUGAGAUCUUCGAAGACGUCAAAGAUAUGGGAGUUCUGAUUGGCAAAGGAGGAGUAUAUGGACAGAUCUUCCGCAUCAAACCUCCAAUGUGCAUCACGAUGGAAGAUGCAAACUUCUUCUUGGCUGUUUUUGAUAAAUCCCUCCACAACCACAUGACAAAAAGAUGAAGCCAAGUGGAAUGGAUGGCACAUUGCACACAGCAAUGAAGUGUGUUUGUAUAUCUAUGAACAGAGAUCACUGUCAGUAUCGUUCAUAGUUAACUUUUAAACUAAUAAUAAGAAAUGUAAAACUAACAAAGAAAGUUUGCUUAUCUGAUUGAUCAGUGUCAUCCAGUAAUGGCAUCUAUUCAAUUGCACAAUCAACUUUGUUCAAUUCCAUGUAAUAAUAUCAAUGAAAUCUUGCAAUCUGAUUCUAAAUGAACAUUUUUAUGCUCAUCAGGAGGCUUAAUAAACAUUUUGCUGUAUUUUGCAGUCACUUUGUUAAUCCCACAACACUUUAGUUCAAUAAUGUUUUAGCAAAAAUUGUUUUCUUUGUUUAAUAAAAUGUCUUACAUCUA